AUGCCAGAUACACAUGAAUUUAUACCAGAAACCGCCCUUAGUAAAAUUGGCGAGGGCAGUUUGGAAGCCCGGAAAAGAGGCCUUGUGGCAAUUGACUCUUCAGUAAGGAAGUUCAUACAAUCACUCAACAGUAACUCAAUAACUCCUGAAGAAAGAGAUUCCAUGCUUAAUAACACUGUAAAAACAUUUCUUGAGUUUGUUAAGUAUAAAUUCCUGGACCAGCCGGAUCCAAAUUUACGUAUUGGAGGUUUGAUGGCCAUGGCCUGUACAGCUCUCUCACUUGAAAAAUAUUUAUUGGACUUUUGUGAGAAGUUCAUAAAGCUGGUGAUUCUAUCCUUCUAUGACCAAGAUAACAAAGUGAGAUAUUAUUCUUGCGAGGCCCUGUAUAACAUUGUGAAGAAGUGUAAAGUGGAAUCGAUUUCGUGUAUUUCUGAAAUUUUUGAUGGAAUCUGCAAGUUGACGUGCGAUAUUGACGAAGAUGUGAAAUAUGCAUCACAAAUAUUGAACAGACUACUGUGUGAUACAAUCCUGGAGUUUGAAGACGUGCCGCUGGACCUGAUCACAGAUAUCUUGGCUAACCGAAUUCUUGUCCUAAACCCACAAAUAAGACAACUUAUCGUAAUAAUUCAACAUUUUAUACUGUUAAAAGAAAAUAAUUUUAUAAUAGAAAUUGAUAUGCUUGAGUAUUUGCCAAAGGUGUUUCUAGGGAUCGCAAACAUGUUAACUGACAAUAACAAUAAAAUAUUGUAUAGAGAUGUAAGAAGCUCUGCAGAAAUGUGUUUGAACGACUUUUUGAUAAAGUUCAAGAAGAAAUACUCGAAAAGUAACAUGAUAAAGGAGGACUUUUUUAAAAUAAUACUGCUGAACUGUAAGAGGAGUGAGCAUGUGAUAAAGCUGUUGAACAUCGUGUGGAUCAGGGAAAUAUGCGCAAUACAGCCCCAAAUCAUACACUUCAAGGGGUUCUUCCUGCUAAUGGACUUCAUAAUCUCACAACUGUCAGACCCCAGUGAAGAACUUAACAAAAUCGCAACUGAAGCCAACCAUUUACUGUAUCGUAACGUCUCUGAGGUUAAGUCAAUCUCAUACAUUGAAAAGAUCCUCAAAGUUCUAGUUGAUAAAUUAGUCGACACACAAAAUGAACAAGUCAUCCUGUCAAUUCUAGAUUGGUUCAGUCUAAUAUUACAGAUUUGUCCUGAGAAGAUGGAUCCAAUGUCUGAAACCUUAUCAAAAUCAGUGAUACAGUGUUUUAAACACCCUCAAUCACAGAUGAUCAUGGAGUCGACCCUGAGGACAACCUUCCUGCUUAUCUCACUGGGAGAUAGUCACCUAGAGCUGUUAGCUGGAGAUUUGUUGAACCUAUUCAAAACUGAGAAAAAACUCUUGGAAGAUAGUGGGAGAGAAAUAGUGUUAAAUCUAUGUAAACAACUGGGAUUUGAACGGUUUUACACAAUUAUUACCAACUCUAUGAAACUGUCAACGGAAGCACAAGAAUUCAGAACUGAAUUGUUAACACCAGAAAAAAGUAACCUUUCAGAGCAGCUUUUGGAAAUUUGGAGCCAUAAUUUAUCAUCAGCUUUAUCAUUUUCAUUAUUUAUAGAAAAAUAUGAUCUGGCUCAAGAUUUAUUACAGAAAAUAAGUGGAAUGAAUUUGAAGUUGGACUUGUUGGUAAAGUUGGACCAGAUAGUUCAGCUUAUGGACACUCACAUAUAUUCAAGACUAAGAUUACAUUUGUUAAAGCCAGACGUAUAUCCAAGCCUGCUAAACACACUCCUGGGUAAUUCAGAUUAA